UACAUAAUAAAUUUGCAUACUUAUUAAUUAAUGUAUAGGUACUUAAUAAUAUUAUAUUGUGUAAAAUUACAUAUAAUGUUCAACACUUCAUAACCUCUUUAAAAAUAAAAAGCUUGAAAUGAAUAAUAGUGGAAGUACUUACUAACAGCUGCAAUGACCACACAGAAAAAAUAACCAAUUAACAUUAUUUCAUAAAAAAAGGAUAGGUAGGACGUAGGUAAUAUAAUACAAAGCAAAAAUAGUUCUAUGUUGUAGAUAUAUAAUUACAGCUCUAAAGGCUUCUUAAGCCAACUCAAACUCUUAGUUGAUGCUGACAACAGAUCUAGGUUAGGUUAGGUACACUACAUUCAUAGGCAGAUUGUAUGUCAAAAGAUUUUUAAUACCACUAAAAUAUUAAGUUCUAAUGGCACAAGUGUAGUUACUAUUUUUUUCAUAAGUUGUCACAUGCAAUGAAUGAAUACUAUACUUUCAUAAAAUAACUAAAAAAAACCGAAUUUUUCACUUUGCCUUCGAAAACUAUACUGGGAAUUUUAAAUUUUGACCUCCCCAAGGCCCAAGCACCAACUAGAAUACUAUAUUCACUUUCACAUCGAAAAAGAUACUGAAGUUGAAAAUCAAAGCAUUAUUGACUACUUAUCAUGUACAGUGUACACGGACACAAUAAAUAAAACCCAUUGUAAACUCAAUACAUUCGUCAUUCAUCACUCCGCUCAGAAUCUAAAAUAUAUUAUUACGGACAUUAAUAAAACAGACAUAAACAGCUGAUAUAGUCUGUUUUAUUAUCAUAUUUACAUAUUUUCUCAAUUUGUCAGUUCCUGAAAUGAUUUGUCCUAAAAAUAAAAUUCCUGAUUUUGAUAGUUCCUGAAAAUAAUUAUUCCUACAUAUGAAUAUUUUUAUGAAAUACUGUUUCAGUUUUUUUUUGUUUCUCCAAUAUCUCGGUCAUAUAAUUGAACAAUCCUAAUUUUUUUUCCUGAUUUUGACGCGCAUCCAACAUAAUUAUACCUAAAUAAUUUGUGGCUAGUAUAUAUAAUAUGCAAAUAACUCAUUUUUCCAAAUUUUGCACUUACAACAUGUGUGCGCUAUGCCAUCGAAUAAUAUGUAUUAUAUAUACAUUAGAGAAAUUUAUUUUAGUUUUUAUUUAUUAGAAAUAACAAAUUUUAUUAAAAUAUAUGCAUUGGAUAAAAUAUUUCAAAAUGUGUUAUCGUAGACACCUGAGCUCAAAUUAUUUUCCGCGUUGUAUUGGUUUUUGUGUAUUUCUUACAACUGGUAAGUUUACGAAUGCGAUUAAUCCUCGUUUGGUAGGUAGGUAUAUUCUCAACAAAGAAAAUUGAUUUCGUAAUAUUUUUUAUGACGCGUCGUAAUUCGACCGACGCAUUACUAACCGUUGCUAAUCGUUCUAGGUAGGUACAGUUAGUAUAGUCUGUCAGUUACACUGUUACAGUGCCUUGGUAUAAAUAAUCGCUAUCACGAACAAAUGCGACGAACUUGAUUAUGAUGACGAUUAUAAUUACAAUAUCCUACGAUAUUCGUCUUUAAUUAUAAUAUUAAAUAUCGUGGUAAUAUAUUUUUACGCGCUGUGGACCAAUGAUGACAACUUUCGAUGAGAACUAAAAAAACUUUAGUAGAAACCUUGCACAUCCGGUGGUUGUGCAGCCCUUUGUAAUCUUGACACGUGUUUCAAAGAUUUAAGCACGAGUUGUAAGGCCGGAGGGACAUUAGUGAAAAACUGAAAAACGAUGGACGACGUGUGUGCGUAUGUCGUGUACACUGGUGUAUACUCGGCGAGGGCACUGCCUGGAACUCUCCGCCGUGUCGCAGUAAUCGUCCGUAAACUCACACGCACUUGUCUCGACUCUUUAGUUCGGUGGUGGCGCGUACGAUGUAUUUUAUUCAUCUUUAUCGUCGUCCGCCGUCAGGUGGGUGCCCACGAUUUCGGUGAAAAAAAUCGAUCGUACGUGUUUCAAAACCUUCUUAGUCGUCUUUUUAGGUGUGUGUGUGUGUGCGCGCGCGCUCGUAUGUCACUGCGGCGUCGGCAGCGACUGAGUUACGCGUAGUAGUCCCACACGUGUGUGACUCAGCGCACGACAACUACACACGUUAUCGCGUUUGACGUUUUUCACGCUCAUUUUUUUUUUCAUCUAAUUGCCUUCCACCGGAAUGGUUUCGCCCGGUGAUUAUUUCUUUAGUAAUCUGAGGUCGUCACGUUCGUCUCGUUGCUUUUGUUUGUCUGAAAAAAAACGAUUUUUAGUUUUAGAACAAUAUAAUAAUUUCAGAUUAGAGAUAAAUAGUAAUAUAUUUCUAUAAUUUAAUACGCUCGCAAUGGUACAGCAGCAACUUACUGCGGCAGUGGGACAGAGCUCUGCAGCACCAUUGUGUUUAUAUUAUUAUUAUUUUUACGUGUAUAUAGUGUGACCCGUGUGUGUUCGAUAUUUUUUUCUCCGUGUAUAAUAUAUUAUAUUAUGUGCGUUUUAAUUUAAUGGGUUUUUAUCUUCGACAACAGCCUCAGGGGUUCCCCGCCACACCCGCUCCAGCUACCGCUCGACGACGCCGUGCACCUGUGGUCUGGCUCGCUCGUUCACUCACGGGCAACACACGCACACACAAUAAUAUUAUUAUUAUAUUAUAGUGUUUGUUGUUGUCGUCGUCGUUCGUCGUAUUAUAUUAUUGAAGUAGUAGUGGUUGCGUAAAACGAAUACGAUAUUUCGUCAUCACUUGGGGAUCACAUGUGGUCGUGUGCCGCCGACUCCAAUCUUUGCAGUAGUAAACGUGCGUCGUUUUAACUGCCGUCCUGUCCUUGGUGCCUUUAAUAGUAUUAAUAUCGUUAUCGAUUUGGAAAACGAAAAUAAUUUUCUCCAGUGUUGUUUCCACUAGCUUAUUAAAUAACCCAUAUUAUAUCGUUAUUAUUACGUAUGCUUAACAGUCGUCAAAUACGUGUCGUUAUAAACUAUUAUGUACCUAUCGAUAUAUUUUUGAUUACUAAAAUCGUUAUUUCGAGGCGGAUAGCAUCCGUCGACUGUCGUACGUGUCCGCUCCUAAGUUCGUAUAAUUUAUUAUUGUAUGUGUGUGCACAUGUUACACUGUCAUUACUAUUCGGCAUAAUAUAGCUGGGGACUUGGGGUUCUCUUAAUCUCCUUAUGAGAAUGUAGGGGGGGGGACGAUUCAUGAUGAAUAUCGAAAUCCGCAUUUGCGUCUUCGUAAAAUAAAAUAUUAUAAUAAUGACGUUGUGGGCACAAGUAUAAUGUGACUAACGGUGACGACGAUUUGUCCUCUUGGUGCGUCUGGGAACCACUUGUGAUGCGUCCUGCAACUCGUCCGUUGGCUCCGGACAAACACCGCACCUCUGCCCGCGACGUUUCUGUUUUUAACCCUCCACUCCCACCACCGAUCGUUGUUUUUAAUAUUUUGAUCGUGUCCUUUUACACUCCAAUGGAUAACUACUGGUUUAAAUGUUUACUGUUUAGUCUUCACUCUUCGGUGUUUGGUUGUGGUUGGUUGUGACCUGUAUACCUGUUAGGUCGCGUUAUUUUAUCCCUCUGUGGUCCAACGUCGUUGGUGUUUUAUUUUUUCUAGAGUUACCGUCGAGACUACUAGUAUAAUAAUACUUAUCUUAAUACAUGAUAGAUAUUGUUUAAAAGUUCUGCAGGUUUUUUUCAAUUCGAAAUGGAACGAAGAAUGAAGAACAAUUAUUAUUAAUUUCCUCUUCGAAUUCUUAAUAUUUAGAUCAUUAUGGAAUCUCCACAAGAAGAGAAUGUAUCAUUAGACUUUGGCUCAACAAUCAAGGAAGAAGAGUAUCUUUUGUCUGUAUCCACUGGUUUUUAUGAGGAAGAAUUUGACGACGACGAAGUAUUUUUAGAUGAUUCACAAAGUAUUGAAAUGGAAUCAUCAGAAAUUCCAUCACGUGUUCGUAGAACUUCAGAUGUGAUUGACUGUGUUGGUGGAACUAUGUCUCCAGCACAUAUUAAACGUCAUAGUUUCCCAUCAGCAUCUGGUGAAGUCUUAUACUCUGCUACAUCACAGGCUACAAAAAUCACAGAGUUAAAUAGAUCUAGGCGUGCUGAGCUUACUAUAGAAUCACUUGAUCAAGGGUAUAGUAGCCCUGGUGCACAGUCUUCUUCAGGCAGGUCUUUUAAAGGAACAUGGUUCAGGUUUAGUAACAGUAAUGACCCUGAUUCUGUUGAUGCCCGACCAACUCAAAAAUUAGAUGAACAACAAACAUCCAAUUCGAACAGCAAAUUAAGUCCUGGUUUUAGAAAAUCCGUCCAAGAAAUUGUAAUGCCUGUUACUAAAGAUGCUACAUGUUAUAAUAUGGAUCAUGAAUAUCGUGGUAUCGCUGUUAUCAUAAAUAAUGAUAUUUUUGAUAGUCAUAACUUAGCCGAACGGCAAGGUUCAUGGAAAGAUGUUGAAGAGUUGGAAAAAAUGUUCUAUCGUUUAGAUUUUAAUGUUAUGGUUUGGAAUAACUUGUAUCACGAAGAAUUGACUCAUCAUUUGAACGAAUUGGCUAAUGCUGAUCAUUCUCAAAAUGAUUGUCUCGCUAUUGUUGUGUUGACACACGGGGUCAGUCAAUCAUUUGUUUAUGCCAGAGAUAAUCCAUACCCAGUUGAAUUUUUGUGGAAUUCGUUUACUGCUGAUAAAUGUCUCACACUAGCUGGAAAACCUAAACUAUUUUUUGUGCAGGCAUGUCGCGGAGAAAGGCUAGAUCCUGGUAUUACACUGAGAAAAGAAACGAAAACUGAAGUAGAUUCUUCCACUGCCUCAUACAAAAUUCCUAAACAUGCAGAUUUCUUGAUUACUUUCAGCACAUACGAUGGUUAUUAUUCAUUCAGGCAUCCUGAGAAUGGCACAUGGUUUAUUCAGAGUCUUUGUUCUGAAAUGAACAAACAUGAUCAUAGCAAAAGUGACUUGCUAGGAAUUAUGACUCGUGUAUCUAGACGAGUUGCCUUGGAUCAUGAAUCGUACAAUCCAGAUGAACCAUGGCUACACAAGCAAAAGCAGAUACCAACCAUUCACUCGAUGCUCAUUAGAGAUGUAUUUUUUAAGCCUAAAAAUAAACCUCCAUCUGAACCAAUUGUAUUAAAAAACCUCAGUAUCUGAGUGCCUUUAAAAUUAUACUCGAAGCCGAAAAAUACAAACUAACUAUAAAAACAAAAUCUGCAGCAACAGCAAGUGUGCACAGUAAUGUAUUUUACCAGUGUGAAAUUAUAUAGUUUAAUAAGUUUGUGUCCACAUAAGUGUUCAAAACAUUAAAAUUAUAAGAAUUCAAAUUUUGUGAUAAAGAAAAAUGUCUUUUUAAGACUGAAUCAAUUUUGACUUAAAAUUAACUUUUGAUGAAAAAAAUAAUGAUCUUCAUAAUUGUUGAUAUUGUUUUUUUGUAAAACAUUUAUUUUAAAUAUUAACAUAUUCUUCAUUUAGCUAUAAUACAUCAAUAUUUCAUCUAUCUUUAAUUUAAAUUAAAUUUAAAAUUAUUUCUGACUUACGUUAUGAUUUCCUUUAUUAUAAUAGAUAUAUUACUUAUUUCUGAUUGAAAUAUUUCCAAAUUUUAAUUGACAAAUACUUAACUUUUUUUGAAAAUUAGAACAAAAAUCAUAAUUUAAUUAUUUACUUAUUUUAUUAUAGACCAAGAGUUAUUUGCUCAUAUUAUUAAUUAAAACUUUUUUUUAAGUUUAAAGUAUUUUAGACAUUUUUAAUUAUUACUGUUAUCAGGCAUUAAGUUGCCCAUUAUGUAUGUCUUUCAUAAAUUAAAUGUUAAGUAUUAUUUAAUGUUUUUUUUUUAUAUACAAUAUAUAAAAUAAGUGAAAAGUGAUAUUGUUGUCGCAUUUAGUAUAUAUUUUAAAGAAAUAUUUAGUAACAAUUUUUUUUUUUUCUAUAUCAUGUAAUUUUUAGUGUUUUGUUGCUUUUGAGUUUAGCACAUUUAUUAUAAUUCUCAUUUUUAGUUAUAUUAUUACAUGUUAUACUGCCUAGAGUAUUUUUUUCUUUUCUUUUUGUUAUUAUAAUUUUUUUAUUUGGAGGACAUUAGUUAUUUCUCAUGUACUAUUGUUGCAUUAAUUCUGAUUAUAUGCAAUUUUAGUAUCUUACUACUCAAAAUGAAAAUUGUAAAUCUGAUUUUUUUAUAUUUAUACAUAAAUUUAUACGUAUAAAUUUGAUCUUGGGAACUGAAUAAUGUUGUACUUGCUUUACUAUUAUUAAACUAGUACAUUGUUUUGUGAUUUAUUGAUCUCUCCCUUCUAGUUCAAAUAUAUAAUUAUAAAUUUUUUUUUUUUUUGCUAUUCAUUAUAUAAUUUAUUAGCAAUUAAAAGACAAAAAAUAAAUUUGUCAUUAAAUUAAAUUUAACUAUGUACUACAACAAGCCAUUAUCACUUUAAUCUAAGACUCAUAAACAUAUAUUUAUUUAUAUAUUUUCAUUUAUUUAAAGUUUGCAUAUUAUAUUAAUAAUCUAUUUAUACAUUUAUAGAUACACGUUCUAUGUAAUAAUGUAUUGUAUGAAUUAAAGUGUACUCCCAGAAAUGUCUGGUUUUGACAUUUUUUAGCCAUCAAAUAAUCAUAAAGACUAAAUUUAAAUUAUUUUUUUAUGUGCUCAUAUUUUUCAUGCUAUUAUUAGUAUUUUAUUUUGUGUAUAAUAAGAGAAAUGUAAUACAUUUUAUUUUUUCACCAGUUAUUGACAUCAAGUUUAUCAUCAAAAAUAUAUAACAUGCUUGAGCUAAGUGUUUAGUAUUCUAUUUUUAUUUGACAAUAGCGAUAAUUUGUAUUGUAUUGCCAUAUUUUAAAAUUAUGGUUUAAAAAAAUAAUGUGUUCAUAUUAAUUAGUAUUACAUUAAUGCAUUUCUUAUUUGACUCACGUGUUUAUAUAAUAUAUUAU